UAUUGGUGAUGGUGCUAAUAGUGGUGAUACCAUACCUGUAACAACUUCGGCAGCACCCGUAACGUCCGCGCCUACAACACCCAUUACACCCACAACGACAUUACUGACAGCUGCGUCAUCGGCCACCGAAACUCCAGGGAUAGUCGAAAAGAGACAAGAAUCCGACAGAAGGAAAAUGAAGGUGAUCAGAAUGAAACGGAGAAAACCAUAG